AACAACMGGGAAGCGGCCGGGAAASAACCGGGAAAGAACCGGGGAAGAACCGGGAAGCGGAGCGGAACCUGCGCCGGUCCCGACGCCGCCGCUGCGCCGGGAUUGAGGCGGCCGGGAGAGCGGGCGGGCCCGGCGGGCGCGGCGAUGCGGCGAACGGCGCUGRGCUGAGCUGAGCAUCGCCCCGACAUCCCCGGCGGAACGGCGGAACGGCGGAACAGCGGACAUGGCCCGGAGCCGCGCCUUCUCCGAGCCCGAAUUCUCGGCCGAAUACUCCGCCGAGUACUCGCUGAGUUUCCCGUCGGACGCCGAGCGCUCCCGGGAGUCCCCGGCUCGGCGCGGGGGGCCCUGCCCGUGCUUUCCGCGCUCCCGCCGCUUGUCCUUCUCCCCGGAAUCGCUGGAAAAGCUCUACCAGACCUAUUUCCGCCGCCAGCGCCACGAAACGCUGCUGGUGCUGGUGGUGUUCGCCGCCCUGUUCGACUGCUACGUGCUGGGGAUGUGCGCUCCGGGCUUCUCCCGGCCCGACAGACCGCUGGAGAAGCUGCCGCUGGCGCUCGGAGCUCUGGCCGCGCUGCUGGCGCACGGAGCUCUCUUCGUGCUGCUCCGAGCGCGGCUGCUCCCGGAGCGCCUUUCCCGGGAUUUCCUGCCCGGAGCGCUCUGGGCUCUGAUCGCCGCGCAGGUUUGGGGUUACGUGGCGCUGGAAUUCCGCGAUUUGCCCGAGGCCGUGGACUCGCUGGGCUGGCAGGCGUUCUUCGCUUUCUCGUGUUUCCUGACGCUGCCGCUGCGGCUGGCGAGGAUCGUGCUGCUGACGGGCGCGUCCUGCGGGGUGCACACGCUGGUGCUCGGCAUCGCCGCGCUGCAGCGGCACGGGGAACCGCUGGACCGGGGGCUGCUGGGAAUUCCGGGGUUUUCCAUCAUUCCCGGAUUUCUCAGGAUUCCCGGGUUUCCCACCCUCCCGGGGCCGUUCCUGGCUGGCAGCGUGUCCCGUUGCCAUGGUGACCAGGAUACCUGCAGCCUCCGUUCCCAGCUCCGGGCGGAUCCGGAUCCGGGAUUUCCGGGAAUCCCUGAGGGGCUGGCGUCCAACGUGGCGGUGCAGGCGUGCGCCAUGGCGGCGGGCGCGGUCUCGUACUGCAUGGCCGAGCGCAAACACCGCAGAGCCUUCCUGGAGGCGCGGCACUCGCUGGAGGUGCGGCUGAACCUGGAGGAGCAGAGCCAGCAGCAGGAGCGGCUGAUGCUCUCCAUCCUGCCCAAGCACGUGGCCGAUGAGAUGCUCAAGGACAUGAAGAAGGACCCGAGCCAGAAGGAGCUGCAGCAGUUCAACACCAUGUACAUGUACCGCCACGAGAACGUCAGCAUCCUCUUCGCCGACAUCGUUGGCUUCACGCAGCUCUCGUCGUCCUGCAGCGCCCAGGAGCUCGUCAAGCUGCUCAACGAGCUCUUCGCGCGCUUCGACAAGCUGGCGGCCUGGUCACUCCAUGUCCGGUGCAGGUCGGUCCGGGAGCGGACACACAUGGCGCUGGACAUGCGCCGGUCACUGUCCAUUCCCAUUGGUCACUGUCCAUUCCUGGUGGUCACUAUCCAUUCCCAGUGGUCACUCCAUGUCUGGUGCAGGUCUGUCCGGGAGCGGACACACACGGCGCUGGACAUGCACGUGGGCCAUGGUCACUGGCCAUUCCCAGCAGUCACUGUCCAUUCCCAGCGGACACUGUCCAUUCCUAGUGGUCACUGUCCAUUCCCAGUGGUCACUCGUGUCCGCAGGUCGGUCCGGGAGCGGACGCACACGGCGCUGGACAUGCGUGUGGGUGUGCACAGCGGUGCUGUGCUGGGCGGUGUCCUGGGACAGAAGCGAUGGCAGUACGACGUUUGGUCCACYGACGUCACCGUGGCCAACAAGAUGGAGGCUGGAGGAGUCCCUGGCCGUGUCCACGUGUCCCAGAGCACCGUCGAUUGCCUCAAGGGCGAGUUUGAGGUGGAGCCGGGCGAGGGCGGCGCCCGCUGCGAGUACCUGAGGGACCGCGGCAUCGUCACCUACCUGGUGGUGGCACGGCCACCGCGCCGCGGGACCAUCAACGGGCUGAAGCUGUCCCUGACCUCGUCCCACGGCGCGUCCCCUCCCCCGCCGGGCACAGCCCCGGAGCGCAACGGGAGCGUCCGGCGCAGCCCCGAGUGGCCGGAGCGGCCGGAGUGUCCCGAGGAGCCCGAGGCCGGCAGCCGCAACUCGCUGGACUUUGGGGACGAUGACGGAGAGGCCGUGGCCAACCCGUCGUUCCCGAACCCCCGGCGGCGGCUGCGGCUGCGGGACCUGGCGGAGCGGGUGGCGGGGGCGGCGCAGGACGAGCGGGAGCUGCACCGGCUGCUCAACGAGGCGCUGCUGGAGCGGGAGGCCAAGCACGCGUGAGUGUCACCGGUGCCACCGGU